AUGACGCGAUCACCAGAAAAUUUUUUAUUAAAAAGUAAAUUCAUUCGACGAAGUAAAUCUACAAAAUCAAUUAUAUCUCUUAAUUCAACUCAACGUACAAUUCCUUAUCCACUUUCUUUAGAUUGUCUCAUAAACAUUAUUGAAUAUUUAAAAAAUGAUCGAGCAACUUUAUAUUCAUGUGUUAUGGUAAAUAGAAUAUGGUGUAAAACUUCAAUUCCAUUGCUUUGGAGUCGACCAUUUGAACAUCAAAUGAUUGGUAAAGAAGUAAGAAUAUUACAUACAUAUAUUUCGUGUCUCAAUUUUCAUGAUAAAGCUCAAUUAAUUGAUCAUGGAAUUCAAUUACCUGAUAUGCCAAAUCCUAUAUUUGAUUAUCCAAAAUACUUGCGUGGAUUUGAUAAUGAAAAUUUUGAUCGUGCUAUUGAAGAUUGGAUGAUGAUGUUAUGUUUAACAAUGGAUUCAGAUUAUGAGAUUAGAAUUAAAUUAUGUAAUAGAAUAAUAGGAAACUUAUUACUUAGUCGAACUAAUGGAUUAAGAGUUUUAAAAAUUGAUCGAGGAGAGAUUGAGGAUAGUUGUUUAAUGAACAUUGUGAAUUUAAAUAAUAAUUAUAAGGCGUUUAGUGAACUUGAAAGAUUUGAAUUAAAAUUUGAUAAUGAUGACGAAGAGAAAUGGAUAUUAAAUUCCGAAUAUAAAGCACUAAUUUGUAGUCAACUUGCCACUUACACUAGAUCUCUUUCACAUAUUACAAUUUCUAUUGAUCCAUUUCGAAGAUCACCACCACCACCAUUUAUAGUUUGCCCAUCAGUAUUUGAAUUAAUUAGUUCGCAAGACAAACUAGAAUUUUUAGAUAUGGAAGAAUUUUGGGAUGAAUUUACAUACACGGCAGUAUUUUAUUCAUCUCUUCAAAGUCAAGCACAUUCAAUUACUCAUCUCACAUUAACAAAUUUAACCGAAUUUGAUUUAUUAUUAUCAGUAUUAGUAAGUUGCGUCAAUUUACAAACUUUGGAAUUUUUAAUGGUACCUGAACCAAAUAUGGAAUCUUUUGAUUAUAUUACAAAUCUACGAAGACCAUUAAGUGUUAAAAAAUUAAUUUCAUAUGAUGCAAGAAGUGAACCUCAAUUAGUUACACAAUCCUUAGGAAUUAUAAUCAAGAUGGCAAAUAAAAAUUUAAGAGCUCUAAUGUUAUUUGAAGUAACAUCGGAACUUAUAGAUAUAAUUGGUCAAAAUUGUCCUAAUAUAGUAGAUUUAUAUUUAACAAUGUCAACAUCUUCUAUUUCACAUUUAUUGAAUUUUCUUCCUUCUUUACCAUUAGAAUAUUUAUUUUUAUGGGAGGAUCAUAGUAUGCCUUUUACACAUGAGUUCGUUCUUCAAAUAGCAAGAUCUAUUCCUGCAACUUUACAAAAUUUAGAAAUUACUUUUGAUAUGCCACCUGAAGUUAUGUAUGAUUUCUUAUGGGAAUGUCCUGCGAAAUUUAGAGAAUUGGUGUUAAGGGUUGAUGGAUGUGAUGAUGAAUUCUUAGAGAUUGUUACUAUGUAUGCUAAAAAGAAAGGUGGUUAUUUAAGAGCGUUAAAACUUUGGGGAUUGGGAAUUAAGUUUUCUGUUGAAGCUGUCGCAGAAGCUAUGGAAACUAUUCCUAGAAUUGUUAAUUUGGCUUCUUAUCCUCUUUGGUAG